ACUCCAAGCCACUACCCGUAUCAACCAUGGCUGCCACUUCCGAGAACCCUCUCAAGCGCAAGCUCAGCGCAGAUGUCAUGACUGAGGACAUGACGCCGACCAAGCGGGCCAAGGUGCGUGCGUUCUACAUGUCGGAGACGUACGGGCAGACGAUGGAGGUUCCGUUCUCUGCCGAGGUGCGGACCAAGAUCAUCUGCACGAUCGGCCCGGCGUCUGCCAACGAGGCGAUGAUCCGCGGCCUGGUCAUGUGCGGCAUGUCUGUGGCGCGGCUCAACUUUUCGCACGGCAAGCACGAGUGGUUUGCUGAGGUCAUUGCCACGGUCCGGCGCGUGGCGGCCGAGCUCAACCGGACGGUGGCGGUCAUGCUCGACACCAAGGGCCCCGAGGUGCGGACGUGCUCGCUGGCCGGUGGCGAGUCGGUCAUGCUCCACAAGGACACAACGUUCACGCUGCUGACCGACACGUCGGUGGACGGCGACGACACGCGCGUGGCGACCACAUACCCGGGCCUCCCGCAAUCGGUGGAGGUCGGCGAUUACAUCCUCAUCGACGACGGGCUCAUCCGCCUCCGGGUCACUGAAGUCCACACCGACUCGGUUGUCACCACCGUGCUCAACUCGGGCCAGCUCGGGCAGAACAAGGGCGUGAACCUGCCGGGCAAGGAGUACGACCUGCCUGCCGUCACCGCCAAGGACCGCGCCGACAUUGCCUUUGGCGUCGAGCAGAACGUCGACAUCAUUGCGGCGUCGUUCAUCCGCAACAAGGCCAACGUCGACGAGGUCCGCGCCCUGCCGGGCGUUGCCGACGCCGGCAUCCACAUUGUGUCCAAGAUCGAGUCGACUGAGGGCCUCACCAACUUUGACGAGAUCCUGGCCGCCUCGGACGGUAUCAUGGUUGCCCGCGGCGACCUCGGCGUGGAGAUCCCCAUCGAGAAGGUGUGCAACGAGCAGAAGAAGAUGAUUUCCAAGUGCAACCAGGCCGGCAAGCCGGUCAUCACCGCCACCCAGAUGCUCGACUCGAUGAUCCGCAACCCGCGGCCGACCCGUGCCGAGUGCACCGACGUCGCCAACGCUGUCUUUGACGGCACUGACUGCGUCAUGCUCUCUGGCGAGACCGCGUCGGGCCUUUACCCGCUCGAGGCCGUCCAGGUCAUGGCCCGCAUUUGCGUCGAGUCGGAGGCCGCGCUCUCCUUCCGUGAGCGUUUCGAGAAGACCCGCGCCACCCAGCUCGCCCUCACCCCGGUCAUCAACCACGCCGAGGCCAUCGCCUCGUCGGCCGUCAAGACCGCCACCGACAUCGGUGCCAAGCUCAUCGUUGUCCUCACCGAGACCGGCCGCACCGCCCGCCUCCUCUCCAAGUACUUCCCCGAGGCUGUCAUCCUCGCCAUCACCGCCUCGCCCAAGACCGCCGCCCAGCUCCUUCUCACCCGCUCCGUCACCCCCAUCAAGGUCAACCAGAUCGACGUCAACGACAACGUCAUCCGCGCUGCCCUCUUUGAGGCCGUUGACUCGCAGAUGAUCGAGUCGGGCGACGCCGUCGUCGUCGUCUCGGGCACCAUCGUCGGCCAGUCGGGCGCGACCAACACCCUCCGCACCCUUGUUGUCCCGUAGUUGGCGGAUCAUGUUUUAAAGCUAUGCCUCUCCCCUUUGCUCUCCUUUUCCCGUGCGCUCCGGUCUAUAUUGGUGCGCUGCGGUGUGAGAUGGUCUCGGCCCAGCCCAUUCACAGAUCAU